AUGCGCUCGCUGCAAUUACUGUCGGUGCUGGUCACUACCUGCCUGCCUGCCGCAUUCGCGGAAAUCAUCAACAACACUGGCCCCGCUCAGGUCAUCACGGUGCGUCCCCGCCGUGGCCUCUCGGCAUCGCCACAACGCUGCCUCCCCUAUCUCUGCGCCUCUGUUACGCAACGAGAAGGCAAGCCAAGCACAAGAAGACUAACAUAUAAAGCCCACUUCGAUUGAUCCUACUUAGCAAAGCAGUGCCAACAUUUCCGGAGGUGAGUUCUUCGUCCGACUCGCAGAAUGGACACCUCGACCUCCCCGCGAUGAACCCCCCUCCGCGAGGCGUUCAACGGGCGGACCGAGCGUGUCACUCAGACUGCCCCUGACGCUGAUUGCGGCCGCCCUCAUCACACAGUAUACACCAUUCAAAACGGCGCAGGCGAAGUGAGUACUAUUUUGCUCUUCUUGUCGUGGCUAUGCCAAACUUCGGUGGAUCCUAGUGGAGCCAACGCACGGAUGCGACUUAUAUGACCCCUCUUUCUCUAAUGUGACGCAUCUUCUCCCACUUUCUUUGCGCUUCUGGCGUGCAUCGGCUUGUCGCAACAGUUCAUGGCAUUUCAUCGGUUCGUCCUUUCCGCGCACGGCGCCUCACUUCCUCUCGUGAGCUAUCACUGAGGAGACCACGAUCAACACGCCGCAGCGAUGGCGCGCCCGGUCAUAGUCAAGUUGGCAUUUCGUUCCAGCCGGAAUACGCAACAGUCAAUCUUACAUACCGCACGGCGUAUGGACACAGCGGACGCAUGCUGGGUACUUUCAGCGGCGUCUCGAUCUGUGGCGAAAAUAAGUGUGCGGCGACGCAGUUCGACGAGGGUCGGGACAGUGUCGUGGUCCCCUACACUGGCGCCUUCCACGAUGACAAGCACCACACAGCCGUUAAGGUACAAUAAUCGUUGAUUCGAGCCUCCGUUUGAGUCGCGGUUGGUGUCGAUUGCGUUGGUCUGUGCUGACUUGAUGCCAACGGCGCUUUUCUCCGCCACUCAGAUGAUUUUCAGUGUGGUAAGUCCCCCUGGCUGCUCUGACGCCCUGUUUGCUACUCCGCGCUGACAGUGGUUGAUUCCGUGCACAGCUCACCUGCGGCCACUCGAACGACGCUCUCUCGCUCGCACAAAGGAUAGGCGGGGCUAGCCAGAAGGAGGACUUCAAGUUCAAGAAGGCGAACUCGAAAUCGGCCCCAUCUCAAAAAUCAAGCGGGAAGUCAGGCGCCAAUACUCACCAUCAUUUUAAAUCGCAACGGUCCAACCCCGGUCAUCUCAGUCGUCACCACGGCGGCUACAGGGGCAAGCGUCAUCGCGGCCGCACUGGCAAUCGCGGUCACGGUGGUCGUCGUGGAGGUCGCCGCGAUCACGGCGGACACGGCGGCCAUGGCCACAAGGGCGGCAACCACCACGGCGGCGGUCGUUCUCAACAUCACCACGUGCGUUCUCUCUGCCCGGGGAAUUCCCUCGCUUGCCAACGUCGGAGACAUCACCUUGCCAAACGCGACUCGCGAGGCCCGAUGUCAGUUUCUCCGCAAGGCCCUGUCCCCACGCAAGGCCCUUCCUCCCCGAGCGGCGUCGCCGCAACUGGGGGCGGCACUCCGAAGCAGUCCGCUUCAGGGGCCAGCGGACGAGCGGGCUCGGCAGCAGGACAUCAUGGUCCCGGGCUGCAGAGCGAAGCCAAGAAAACACAGGAAGGUGCGGGUUCGCAGCAAGCGAGUAGAGAUCCGGAUCCGGCUUCUGGGGAGGACAGGUCCAACUCCGACAUCGCGGAAGCCCUGAAGCUGGACCUCCUGUCUGGGAAAUCGCGAAAGGUUUGCCUCGUCGGCCUGGACCACCUCAAGGACAUGAAGACCGCCGGUCUCACCGCCAAGGAAACGACAGGUUUUGGCGGCGCCCCGGGUCUUGCGUACGAGCUUUUCUAUCCACAACAAGAAAUCUUUUGGUUCGACGUGAAGAAGGUGACCGAUUGA